CGGACGACUUCGCCGCGGCGAGUGGCCGUGGUUGCACUCACGUUGUUAUCAUAGUAAAUGUCGAAAUCAGCCCGUCUGACGAUCACAAAUUCUUAUCGUCGUCCAAAUUAAAGACGAAGACGCCCUGCGUUUGGAACUCAACGUCACGCGCGCCCCUUUGCCGCAGCGAGCGGCGGUCGCGAUGUACCACAACAGCACGCAGAAGACGCACUGGACGUUUGGCAAGGAGGAGGAGAUUGCAGCGUUAAGGCGGGAAGCCAACGAAAGGUUCAAGACCAAGCUCAGGAAGAAUGCUAAGGGCCCCGUCAACGACUCUCUGCUUCUCACCCCGUCGGAGGAGCUCGCCUUGUGUCGUCACUACGAGCGCUGCCUCCAAGACCUGUGCACCAAGUUCAAGCCGCCCAUGCCCCGCUCCACACAGGCUAUCGCCUGCUGCUACUUUAAGAGGUUUUAUCUUAACAACUCGGUGAUGGAAUAUCAUCCACGCAACAUCCUGCUGACGGCCGCCUUCCUGGCGUGCAAGGCGGACGAGUUCAACGUGUCGAGCAUGCAGUUCGUGGGCAACCUGCAGCAGGAGGCGGAGAGCGGGCGCGAGCAGGCGCUGCAGCUGGUGCUGGCCCACGAGCUGCUGCUCACGCAGGAGCUGCGCUUCCACCUCACCAUUCACACGCCCUACCGCCCGCUCGAGGGCUUCCUCAUUCACAUCAAGACGAACUUCGCGGAAGUCGCGCAGGCCGAGGCUCUGCGUAAAGGGGCGGAGGAGUUCCUGCAGCGGGCGCUGUCGACGGACGCGUGUCUCCUGGCGAGCCCCGCGCAGAUCGCCCUCGCGGCCCUCCUCGCCGGAGCGUCGCGAACCUCCGUCUCCAUCGAGCGAUACAUCAAGGAGUGUCUGUGCGGUGACGAGUUCAAGGAAGACAUGACCUAUCUGAUGGACACCGUGCAGAACCUCCGGAAGAUGGUGAAGUGUGUGGAGCUGCCAAAAGCGGAGAUGGUGGGGACCAUCAAGCAGCAUCUGGAGCAGUGUGCCGCUCACUGCCAGGCCCUGGGCUCACCCUGUGGCCUGAAUAAGCGCAAGACCGCUCAAGACGACCACUCGGACGGAAACGUGCAGAAAAGGGCCAAACUGCAAAAGGACGACAUCUCGAGCGAGGAGGAAUUUGACCUACAGUGACGCCUCUCAACACGCGCCUCUCUUCUCAAAUAGCCGGGAAAGAGAUCGUAACCCUCCGUUGUUAUAUUUUAUUUUGCACCGCGUGCUCGGUUUGACGUCCCGACGUUUCCCCCCCCCCCCCCCCCCCACGCGCUUCUCCAGAGAUGAAUUCGCUUCGGCUCCAGAAGAAAACCCCACGGCUCCGUUGUAACGAAACGUCGUCGUACGGCACCGUGCCGAACCGCACGCGGCACAACUCAAAAACGCAACCGAGAGCCACGCGGCCGCGAAAAACCCGCGUAGUGGAGAAACGUUGGGUCGUAUUCAUCGGCUGUAAGGGGGGAAACGUAUCCCGUCUAACCUCCCAGCGUGUGAACGCUUUCCUCGGUUAGGAUCACGGGCUGCGGUGAGCACGUUUCAAACGCUCGUUUCUCAGCCUUUCAUUUUGUACUUUUGUAUUAUAAAUGAAUGUGGUGACUCGAUUUGAGGGUUGGGAGACCCCGUUCACCCUUAGGAAGGGCAUUUCAAAUAGCUUUAGACAAAAGUUUACGUGGUUGCUUUUCCUUUAGCUCGGAAACCCUUUUCAAUGAAAUGCAUCAAAACGAGUCUUUUUGGAGAUGAGCGUGAUGAGCAACAUGUUGUUCUUACGAGUUGCUUCUGGUUUUAUCGCGGUUGUCAGACAUUCGCUUUCUUAUCCGGAUACAUUUUGUUAGUGUUAACAGUUGCAAAUGAAACGGAAAGCAGAGCCGGUGUUUGAAUUUGUACUUUUUUGAGUUUGGUGGCUUGCGAUCAUUGCAAAGUCGGAUCGUAGGAAAUGCAAGUGCGACAUUAGAAUUCGGCCCUGCCAUCUGCAGCCCGCGAUGUAGCCGUGCAUAUUUUUUAAACGAAUGACUGUUAAGUUGAAAUUAAACAAUUUCAAUAACAAACGAAACUGUGGUGU